CCCCAUCUCGUUUGCCGUUCCUUUUUCCGACCAUUUCCGUUCGCUUUCCACACCUCGCGCAUCGUUAUUUUAUUUUUAUUAGUUUUAAUUUCUUUUCGGACCGCUUGUCCCUCGUUUAGCUCGGUCCGGUCAAGAGCAAAGGCAGACGGAACUCCUUCUCGCGUGUUCUCGCGUGUUCUGCAUCCCGUGGAACCUGGGGAAACGGUCGGCCGAUGACGGGCGCGUAGAAGAUCCGGGUGAAGUGAAGUGGUUCGUUCUCCUGUCAACCUCGAGCAGCGGACGGUUCCGCGUCCCAGCCAACAUGAAACGGCUGAUCGCCGGCCUCGUUCCGGCCCUUGUGGCCUGGCAGACCGCCGCAUGGCCCUACAAUGAAUCCCUCGUCGACUACAACUUCAACCAGAACAAGACCGCCACAAACCCCGCCGAUUAUUGGGGUCAAUGGCCCAAUCAUACCGGCGAUUACUAUCCUUCGCCGGACAACUGGCGCUUCCCAUUCUACACCCUCAUGCUGGAUCGCUUUGUCAACGGAGAUCCCACCAAUGACAAUUUCAAUAAAUCCGUGUGGGAACAUGAUCUGUGGUCCACCCAGAUGCGCCAUGGGGGGGAUGUGGUGGGUUUGGUGGAUACGCUGGACUAUCUCCAGGGCAUGGGCAUCAAGGGAAUCUACCUGGCUGGCACCAUUCUCAUGAAUCAGCCCUGGGGCUACGAUGGUUAUUCCGCUCUCGACACCACCCUGAUGGAUGGCCAUUACGGAACCCUGGCUCAAUGGCGAAAUGCCAUCACCGAGAUCCACAAGCGAGGCAUGUACGUCAUCUUCGACAAUACACUUGCGACAAUGGGGGAUUUGAUCGGAUUUGACGGCUAUCUGAAUGUCACAGCACCCUUCACAGUGGGAGAGCAUGAAGUCCAGUGGAAGACCGAUCGUCAAUACGUGGACUUUCGGUUCGGGAAUACCUACAAUGACACAUGCGAUUAUCCCCGGUUUUGGUUCGAAACCGGCUAUCCCGUGCAGAAGACCGUGACCGACUCUUUGGUCGGUUGUUAUGACAGUGAUUUCGACCAGUAUGGUGAUAUCGAAGCCUUUGGAGUCUUUCCGGAUUGGAAACGUGAAUUGGCCAAGUUUGCCUCCGUGCAGGACCGCCUGCGUGAGUGGUAUCCGUCUGUCCGAGAACGACUCAUCCGGCAUUCGUGUAUGAUUAUUUACCAGCUCGACAUUGAUGGCUUCCGAUAUGACAAGGCAACACAGGCCACGGUCGAUGCCCUGGGAGAUAUGUCCUCUGCCUACCGCGAGUGUGCUCGUGCCGUAGGAAAGGAGAAUUUCUUCAUUGCCGGAGAAAUCACUGGAGGCAAUACCUUUGGUUCCAUUUUCUUGGGACGAGGUCGACAGCCGGAUCAGUAUCCGGCCUCAGCUGAAGUCGCCAUGAAUCUCACCGACACUUCAACGCCCCAGUACUUUUUGCGGGAAAAGGGCAAGAAUGCGAUCGACGGUGCCGCCUUUCAUUACUCCAUCUAUCGCGCGCUCACGCGGUUCCUAGGAAUGGAUGGAAGUUUAUCCGCCGGCUAUGAUGUCUCGGUGGAUUUUGUCACUGCCUGGAAUGAGAUGGUGAUUUCGAACGAUUUGGUUAAUGCCAAUACCGGUGUAUUCGAUCCUCGUCACAUGUACGGUGUCACCAAUCAAGACGUCUUUCGCUGGCCGACCUUGGAGAAGGGAACCGAACGCCAACUGCUGGGUCAAUUCGUUACCACUUUGCUUCUGCCCGGAAUUCCCCUUCUCCUCUGGGGUGAGGAACAGGCAUUCUAUGUCCUGGACGCCACGGCGGCCAACUACAUCUUCGGUCGUCAAGCCAUGUCCCCGGCAACCGCCUGGAUGGUUCAUGGGUGUUUCUCCCUGGAUUCAUCAACCUACUACAAGUGGCCCAUCACCAGGGGUCGCGAAGCCUGCCACGAUGUCACCGUGACGUAUGAUCAUCGGGACCCCUCGCACCCGGCUCGCAAUAUCAUCAAACAUAUGUACCAGAUGCGUAUCGAUUUCCCCGUGCUCAAUGAUGGUUACAACGUCACGAAACUGUCAAACCACACCGAGAAUGUGUACUACCCGGGAUCGAACGGAACCGCCACCGAAACUGGUCUCUAUUCGGUGCUGCGUGAUAUCAGCUCCAGCUUUCAGGACUUGGGAUCGGAUGAUAAAAAUCAGGCAGUUUGGCUAGUCUAUCAUAAUACGAACCGGACCAUCGAAUACUCAUUUGACUGCACGGAAAGCACCGCAUUGAUCUCUCCUUUUGAUACCGGCACCACGGUCAAGAACCUCUUUUACCCCUUCGAUGAACAUGAACUCAUCAGCAGCCCGAAGAAGCUGGGCCUCAACGGUUCCACGGCAUAUAACGGCUGCCUUUCCAAUAUGACACUGGAGGCUUACGGAUUCCGGGCAUAUGUCCCACGCGCUCGCUUCACCAAGCCUCGUCCCAUGAUCACGAGUUUCUCCCCAGGUCAUGAUGUUCCUGUGCGCUCUACGGUCGCACCCAAUGAGGACGAGACAAUUCAGAUCAAGCUUUACUUUUCCGAAGCAAUGGAUUGUGAUUCGGUCACCAGUUCCAUCUAUCUGAAUUCCAGUACAGAAAUUGGGAAAGUUCCAUCUAUAGACACAGAUAGUGUCAGUUGCAAAGCUGCCACGCUCAAUGAGACUGGCAGCACCUGGACCGGCUUUAUUCCUAGCGCCUGGGUUUGGCAGGGCAAUUUGACCGGCGUUUACAAUGGUAUUCACCGUGUGACUGUCAACAACGCCACCAAUACCUACAAGAACGAGACCACUGACGCGGUUGAUCAUUUCCUUCUCCGUGUGGGCCAAAUUGACAACCCUAUGAUUUAUUACACCGCCAACUACUCCAGCAGUUUACUUCAUGAAUACUCUAAUGGCUCGCUGUACAUCCAACACCACGCCGCUGGUGCGGAUAAGUGGCGAUACUCGACUAAUUGGGGAUCCUCGUUCUCCGACUGGAUGGAUUACACCGGCGGAAACACCACCAUCACUGAGAAUUCGUGGUCAGGUACCAGCAAACAGGCCUGGAAAGGCUACCAUGUCCGCGCCGAGUACUGGAGUCAGUGGACGGGUAGUAGUGAUUAUGUGCAGGAAGGAGACACUGAUUGGACCAAACCCCCCCGGCGCUUCCCACACAUCUUUUGGGAAGGCCCCUACAACGAGUAUGGAUAUGAUGCCGGCUUGGAUAGCGUGAUACGCCAGGAUCCGAGUGAUGGGCUCUGGAAGUACCACUUCACGUACGAGUGGCCUGCAUAUGGUCAGGUGAGCAUCUGGGGAAUGAAUCCCGAUGGUGAGCCCGACGAGGGAUGGGUGAUGGGCGAUGCCGACAAUGACACUAUCCUGGAUCGGAUGCCCCCAUCGUCCCUCUCAGAGACAGUCAUCAAUAUAACCCAGCAUCCCCCUUCGCCAUACAUCUCCUGGAAGCUCGUGAUCAACGACGGCACUCAGCAAUAUCAACUCUUCCCCGUGGGACACCAAGCGACGCAGAUUGCGUUAUUUGUGCUAUUCUGGAUUGUGCCUCCUCUCACGGCUGCGGCCUGCGUCUGGGUCUUUAUUCAGUCGUUCUACAAGGUUAAAUUCAACCAGGUCGGUGUGGACCAGAAGGAAUCGGGCUUCACGCUUGCCUUGCGCCGGCGGUUGAAAAGAAAACCCCAAGGUGGAGAGUACAACCGCCUCAAUCCUCUGAUGCGACUGGCCAAUAAGUCAGGCUUGCUACAAACUGCCACCCCGUACAUCAGCGCCGCGGCCGGAAAGCGCCGCAUGGUUUUGAUCGCCACGAUGGAGUACGAUAUUGAAGAUUGGGCGAUCAAGAUCAAGAUCGGCGGUCUUGGCGUCAUGGCACAGUUAAUGGGGAAGACCCUCAGCCACCAGGAUUUGAUCUGGGUGGUGCCCUGCGUGGGAGACGUGGAGUACCCCGUUGAUACUCCGGCCGAGCCUAUGACGGUGAUCAUCAUGGGGAUGGAAUACGAGGUGCAAGUCCAAUACCAUUUCCUCAACAAUAUCACCUAUAUUCUUCUGGACGCCCCCGUCUUUCGCCAACAAUCAAAAUCCAAUCCCUACCCCGCCCGUAUGGAUGAUCUUCAGAGUGCCGUCUAUUACUCUGCUUGGAAUCAGUGCAUCGCAGCUGCUUGCAAGCGGUUCCCGAUUGAUUUAUAUCAUAUCAAUGACUACCACGGCUCCCUGGCCCCUCUCUACUUAUUACCGGAGACGAUACCUGUCUGCUUAUCUUUGCACAAUGCGGAAUUUCAAGGUCUUUGGCCUUUGCGCACGGCAACUGAACGGGAAGAGGUACGGACGGUGUUCAAUCUUAAUGCCGAGACAGUCCAGCAGUACGUGCAGUUUGGCGAGGUGUUCAACUUGCUUCAUGCUGCUGCUAGCUAUUUGCGCAUCCACCAGCAGGGCUUUGGUGCGGUAGGCGUGUCUAGAAAGUAUGGCAAACGAUCUUACGCCCGGUACCCGAUCUUUUGGGGGUUGCAUAAAGUGGGCAACCUUCCAAACCCCGACCCCUCUGACUUGGGUGAAUGGAGCAAAGAGCAAGCCAUGGCCGCCCAACGAGGCGAAGUAGGAGUCGAUCCGGACUAUGAAUCCAGUCGUGCUGCACUUCGGCUUCAAGCGCAAGAAUGGGCUGGUCUCGAGAAGAACCCCGAUGCUGACCUGUUCGUGUUCGUCGGCCGCUGGUCUAUGCAAAAAGGCGUUGAUCUGAUUGCCGACAUCAUGCCCUCCAUUAUCGAAGCCAACCCCAACGUUCAAUUGAUCUGUGUUGGACCUGUUAUUGACCUCUAUGGAAAGUUUGCCGCCUUGAAGCUCGAUCAGAUGAUGAAGAUCUAUCCGGGUCGCGUCUUCUCCCGGCCUGAAUUCACCAGUCUUCCGCCGUAUAUCUUCUCAGGAGCAGAGUUUGCUUUGAUUCCCUCGCGAGAUGAACCCUUCGGACUCGUGGCGGUGGAAUUUGGUCGGAAGGGUGCAUUAGGUGUUGGAGCUCGCGUGGGUGGAUUGGGUCAAAUGCCGGGAUGGUGGUAUAAUGUGGAGUCGACCUCGACCUUCCACUUACUGGAUCAAUUCAGACAAGCCAUCGACGCGGCCUUGGAAUCGAAGCCGGAAACCCGUGCUAAAAUGCGCGCUCGUUCAGCCAAACAGCGUUUCCCCGUGGCCCAAUGGGUGGAGGACUUGGAAAUCCUCCAAACCACCUCGAUUCAGGUCCACAAUAAGAUGAUCAAAGACCACGGCCGCUCGUUGACUCCCUUCAUGAAUAGCUUCCGCGGCAGCGUGUCAUCCCGGCCGCAGAGUUCUGCCUGGACACCCAUGCAGAGUUCUCUGGCUCCCACUCGGAACAGCAGCCAUACCAAUCUCAACCGACUUAGCGAGUUCAUCGCCCCAUCCGAGCCUACCGAGAGAGUCGUCUCCGGCCUGCAACGCAAACUCUCGCUGGGAGUCCGUUCCGGCCCUGGCCAUCAUCCUCGCUCCGCCCGGGCCGAAGGCGCCCAGGAAGAUCUGCCCGUGACACAGGAGAUUCCCGAAGAUAUAACCGUUGAUGGCGACACUGAUGAUCCUCAAGACAAUGAAUAUGUUCCCAAUCCCGCCGAAUUGGAGGCCGCACGUCGCAUGCAGGCCGCUCAGCGAUCGGGGCCUCCGGCGACCAACCCUCGCUCCUCCAAUUAUAGUCAACCUCCGACUAGUCCUGGCGCACCGUUGUCGCCUUCUAUGGGCGAGCUCGGUCUUCUGCCUCCUGCGGGGCUCAAGGAGGUGAACAACCGGUUGAGUAGCGCGUCUCUGCUGUCUGUCGACAUGGUAGUAGGACAAAAGAAAGACUUUCGGUUGCAGAAAGUUGAUCCCUUUUUCACCGAUAGUACCGGCGAAUAUGCCAACCUCUUCGAGCAGAAGCUGCAGAAUCUUACUGGUGGCAACUCCGAGUUAGAACUCUGCAUCGAAGAAUACUUGAUCAACAGCGAAAAGGAAUGGUUUGACCGAUUCCACGACGCCAAGCUGGGUCGCUUGAAGUCUCCAUCACCCUCGGUUUUCCGUGACAAGCAGGGAGCUGUGUCCGUCACCUCUCGUGAGGACGGGUCUAGUUUCCAGAUGGGGAGCAGUCAUGAGAAUGAAUCCGACGUCGACGACGAGUUCCUGCUCGGCAAAGACUACAGCCCUCCGGCCGGUGUCCGACUUUGGAUGCAAAUCCGCAUUGGCACUUGGCCGGUCUACUCCAUGAUUCUCGCCUUGGGUCAGAUUCUCGCGGCCAAUUCCUACCAAAUCACGCUGUUGACUGGUGAAGUCGGAGAAACUGCAGUCAAACUCUAUGCCAUCGCGACGACCUACCUGAUUGCCUCGAUUUGCUGGUGGCUGGUCUACCGCUAUUUCAAAUCCGUUGUCUGUCUGUCUCUUCCCUGGUUCUUCUAUGGCCUGGCCUUCCUUCUCAUCGGCUCUGCUCACUGGACGGAGAACUCUACCGGCCGUGCCUGGAUUCAGAAUGUCGGAAGCGGCGUUUACGCUGUGGCUUCUGCCAGUGGCUCCUUAUUCUUUGCGUUAAACUUUGGCGAUGAAGGAGGCGCUCCGAUGGAGGUUUGGAUCUUCCGGGCUUGUAUUGUCCAAGGUCUCCAGUCGGCAUAUGUGAUCGCACUCUGGUACUGGGGAUCGGUCUUGACGAAAGCCUCCAGUGCGGGCACCUCCACAACCACCAGUGGAAUUUCUGGGUCCUGGAAAAUGACUGCCAUCUGCUACCCCAUCGCUUUAGCCUUGUCUAUCGUCGGGGUCCUCCUCUUCCGCGGCUUGCCCAACUACUACCACCAAUCCCCAGGCAAGAUCGCUUCCUUCUACAAAGCAGUCCUCCGUCGAAAGAUCGUCCUCUGGAACUUCGUCUUCGUCAUCCUCCAAAACUUCUUCCUGAGUGCCCCCUACGGCCGAAACUGGAACUUCCUCUGGUCCUCAACCCACGCUCACGCCUGGGAAAUCGUCAUCCUCUGCAUUGUCUUCUUCGGCUUCGUCUGGUGCGGCUUCCUCUACAUCGUCAGCCGCUACCUCAAAGCCCACAGCUGGUCCUUACCCCUAAUUGCCUGCGGCCUGGGCGCUCCCCGCUGGGCCCAAAUCUGGUGGGGCGUCUCGGGGAUCGGCUACUUCCUUCCAUGGGUAUCCGGGGGCUACGUCGGGGGAGCUCUCGCGUCCCGCAGUCUAUGGCUCUGGCUCGGUGUCUUGGAUAGUAUCCAGGGCCUUGGGUUCGGAAUUAUCCUCCUGCAAACCCUGACACGCACGCAUAUGCUCUUCACGUUGAUCUGCUCGCAGGUCCUCGGGUCGAUUGCUACCAUUGCGGCGAGAGGAUUCGGGCCGAAUAAAUUGGGUCCCGGGCCGAUUUCCCCGGAUCCGACUUUUGGGGUUAGUGCGGUGGCUAAUGCGUGGUUUUGGGUCGGGUUGUUUUGUCAGUUGGUUAUUUGUGCCGGGUUCUUGCUUUUCUUCCGAAAGGAACAGCUUGCUAAGCCUUAAGGUGCGGCGCAUGGGAUUGUUGGGGAGUAGUGGGGUUUUCGUCUCCCCCCUAUCGUGGGAAUCGGGACAACAUAUAUAGUAACAAGAUGGGGCAGGCUCGGGUUGGAUGUCUUGCUAUCUUGUUCUCUUUUCUUAGAUCGGAUAGUGACGCAGAUACAGAUGCAGUGAUGUAGAUAUAUAUACAUGUAAUUUUUCACAAUAGAUUCAUCUACCAG